UAUACCUUCUUUGAAAAGUCCCAUAUAGACUAACUCAUUAUAUCGGAAAUAUUAUAUUUACCUAAUUAUAUAUUUACAAAACAAUAGUUUAAAAAUGAAAAUUUGCGGACCAAAGUGUUCUCUAUGUGGAUUAAUACUUUCUGUAUGGGGAAUUAUUCAAUUAACAUUAAUGGGAGUAUUCUUUUAUAUAAGAAGUGUGGCAUUACUUGAAGAUAUUGGUCUACCAGAAGAAAUUGAAAAAAUCUUUGAUAAUGAUAUUGAGAAAGUAUAUAAAAGAGCAGAUGAAUUAUAUGAACAAAAUGCUUUAAAUUGUUGGAUUGCUGCUGGUUUUUAUGUAUUGCUAUUAGCAUUUUCGGGACAUCAAAUGUACUCGAAUAUAAGAUCGAAAGCAUGAUUUAUUUUGUAAUAAAAAAUUUGUUUUCCCAAUGUUUAAAGUUAAUUUAUUUGUAAUAAACAAGUGUAUAUGAAAUUAAAUUAAUUUAUACGUAUAUCACGAGUAAAACAAAUAUUUUACUAUUGCAA